AUGCGAAGACUGGUAACCCUUGGUAUUGAGAGUGGGAUGUCAUUUGUUAGAGUCUCACUGAAGUAAGGAGUCGCAAGCAUGACAUUCUCCUGAUACAUGAAAGGAUUACCCUAACUCGGUAUAUUUACUCAGUUACCGAACAAAUAGCUUCGGCUUUCUGGCCUCUUCUGAACUACAAGAAGCUGGAUACCAUUGGGAUUAUGGCAUAAAGGACCAAAUCAACGUCUUCGUCUGGAUCAAGAAUUUUUUUGCCGGAUUUGGCGGCGAUCCUGAAAAUGUGACUGCUAUGGGCGAGAGCUGUGGUGGAGUAUCUGCGACCUUAUUAUUACACAGCAAUGAACCUCUGUUCCGUCGUGUCAUUAGUAUGGGAGGACACGCGCUGCCCAUGGCACCAAUACCUCUCGAAACAGCCAGUGAGGCGUACGCGAAAGUACUCGACUGCCUGGGUCUGAGAGAUUUGUUGCCUGAGCAGAGGGUUGAGAAGCUACGUACAAUUCCGCACAAGGAUAUCAUCGACAAGGUGCCUAGGAAUAUCCCUAACCGACCUGUGAUUGAUGGUACUCUUUUCCAAAGAGCUCUCAGGGCGCAAGAUGUUGAGUAUCCCACCGAUACAGACAGCAUUCCCGGGAAGGCCUGA